UGGCUGUCCCCAUCCCGUGUCCCUGGAGAGCCCGGGAUGCCUUCGGGAGAGGGAGCAGCUCCGCGACCCCGCCGUGCCCGACACGCCCGCCUGGAUUUCCAGGUUAAGCCCUGCGCAAAAACGACCCGGGAAACGCGGUCCUUUGUAACUCAGAUGUACCUGACCAUAAACUUCGCUUCUUGGGAGAAGACUGCUUGUUUCGGGGUGUCACAGAAGCGAUGGAGCACUGACGGUCGCAGGACAUGCGCAGGCCUUCAGCAGGAGAGUGCUGGGGGGGGAGCAGCGAGCUCUGCCCAGGAAUCUCUGUCUUCGCAAAACACUGCGUUGAUUUCACCGGUAAUCAUUUCCCAGAUGAUCGAUGGGAAUACAUCCAGAGGAAAUCAGCCUGCUUUGCCUAUGCAGUCCACGAUCCCCCAGCCCAGCGCUUGUCACACGAAGCAAUCUCUGUCUAACCAUGGGUCAGUCAAGGUCACCAGAGCAUUUCUGGUACUUCCCAGCAGACUGGAGGUUCAGGCCUCUUUAGAAGACACCGAGUCACCAUCGGACUCUCACGUCACAGGGGAAAAACGGCGUCCAAAGCAGCAGAACGGGUUUGCCUCCAUAACUGUGACAGCCAGACGUGUGGCUGUGGGCUCUGGGGACCCAGCGUGUGGCCCUGGGGCUGUGCGGGACCCCAGCACUGUGUCCCCCACCUCCAGCAGGGUCCCUGCUGUCCUCCCUCAGUGGCCUCCACCAGGCCACACACCCCAACGUGCCUCUCCAGGAAAGGUUUGUGAGUCUUGCCCAAAAUCAGGUGAAGAGCCACAAAAGCAGCUUUUUGACCUUGGACUCAAGGAGACUGGCGUGGGCCUUCAAAGCAGUGAUGGGAGGGAGCAAGCACCACCCUCAUUCCUCUCAUGUGUCCACCUCCAGGUUUCUCAGCGGUGCCCACGCACCAUCUAUUAUUUAGACAAGUCCCUCAGUGUGUGCAUGGACCAACCUCGAAUUAAAUGCCAAAAAACGUAUAGAUCCACGUUGUCCUUCGACAUAAAGUGCAGUUUGUCCAGAUUAACAGCAGAUGGAGUAGAUGGCAUAGCUAAUGGAGAGCCCAUGGAGGAGACAGCUCCAGCAAAGCUCCCAGGAGCAAACAAGACUCCACUCAGAUCAGACUUGAGUGUAGACUUCACAGAAAAUAAGGUAAUUAAUAAAGUGAAAACAAAGGAAGGCUGUUUGGGUAGCAAGUACCCUUUGCAAAGUGUCCUCAUCUCAGAACUUCCAGCAUUUGUGGAUAUACCCAGAGGACAUAAUAACGUAGUAGCAGCAAAGAAGGAAGAGGAUGAGCAUUCAGGCAGCUCUCACGCUCUGUUUUCCCUCCAACUUCCUAAUUCAAGUGAUGAGCCAGGAACACAAAUGCUGUUGGGAAGAAGGAAGAGGAGUUGCAUUCUUCCAGAUGCAGCAUCAAGAGAGGCAAUCACUGCUGCUGGCUCAUCAAAAAGGAGAGAUCCCUCCAAAGACACCUCCAAAUCCAAAGAGAUCCAAGCACAGGGCCUCCUCAAACCAAAACUGUCUGUCUCCAGCUGUAUGUGCAAUACAAAAACAUCAUCAAGGAUCCUCUCGGAAGAAAACGCUCACAGGCAGAACCAGCUCCUAAAAAGCGACUCCGAAUUCUGCAGUUCAGGUGAGAGGAUAAAGGAGCUCAAGGAUGAGUGGGAGCGAGCCAGGAGGGUGACACUGUCCACAGCUCAUUGGCCAGGUGUGACUUGGGAGGAAAACAAUGUGCUCACCUGGCCAGGAACCGGCUCCCAGCUGGAGGAAAUUCCAGCAGCCCCAUGGACACUGCAGGAAGCCCUAGAAAUCCACAAUCCUCGGUUCAUCUCUCGCUCCCAAGAAAGGCUGAGGAGACUGGAACACAUGGUGCAGCUGAGGAAAGCCCAGCAGAGUGACUCCCCUCUGGGCAGCCCGGGAGCGCUCGUUCGCAAGCUCUCCUCAACAUCCACUUCCAGCAGGAGAAAGCACUACACCAUUCCUGACCCCCUCAGUGAUAACCUCUUCAAACCAAAGGAAAGGUUCAUUCCUGAGAAGGAGAUGCACAUGAGAUCUAAAAGGAUUUAUGAAAAUCUACCUGAAGUGAAAAAGAAACAAGAGGAGAAGCAGAAAAGGAUCAUCAUGCAGAGUAACAGGCUGCGAGUGGAGAUGUUUAAAAAGCAAUUACUGGACCAGCUCCUUCACAGAAACACAGAGUGACAAAGGAGUCUCUUGCCCAUCAUCCUAAUUGGAUCUUGAAUGCCUUUGACUGCUAGAUAAGCCAUAAAUUAACUGUUAUCUCAAUUACCUGGAGGUAUUUUUCUUAUCUUUGCCUCUUUAAAUAAAGAAAGAUCAUUUGUAUUUCUGAAAUUUUUAAGGCAACUUUCAAGUAAUCAAAGACAGUCUGAAAAGGAACACAGCUGUUUCAGAGCAUCACCUUUUGGUCAGCUUACCCAGAGGAAAUAAUUUUAAGAAUUUUUAAUGCAAAUAUUGAACUACAGCGGUAUUAUUUGUGUUAAUCUUUUAAAAAGUAUUCUUCUCUGUAGCAAUAGGAGAGAGUUUGUAAGAUGUGGAAAACUGAUUUCUCUGAAGUAUUCUGUUAAUUGAUUUCCUGUGAGUUAAAUCCUUGAAGUAAAGAAAAAUGGACAUUGUUAUUUGUUACGUUUAGAAAGUAGUUGAAAUAGCAUUACCACAUAAUCAUAGCAGCAGCAGUUUCACAUUAAUACUUAACAUACCAAAAGGGAACAAUAUUUCAGCCUUCUGAAGGACUCUACUUCUGUUCAUAUACUGAACCUACCUACCAACAUUACCCAUUAAAGAGCAAUAUUUAAAGAUUUGUUUAUAACACAUUUUUUUCAUGUUUUUCAUGGUAAUGUAUAUUUUACUCCACUUCUGUGAGCAUUCAGUAUGUAUAGAAAUGGCAUAUUAAGAAGUGGUGCCAAGAAGCAUGUUUGCAUCAAAACUGCACAAAACUCAAACCAUCUGUAAUGUUUCCUCCAAAAAAUAUUUAAAUCUUUAUUUGUACAUUUUGGAAGUAAAAACAAGCAGCUUACAAACCAAUGGAGUUUAUUUAUGGAAUAAAGUAUGAGUGUAAUAUUGA